AUGUGCAAGGAACUGGAAAACUCCCGUGCAAAGGGGAUGAAAAGGUUUUCACAAAACCAGACAAGCACACUUCCUUCUGGAAGCCGUGAGGAAUAUAAGAAGAUAGUGUAUAUGUCCCAUCCAUUGAUACCUGGCGAGAAGAUGAAAUACCGCCUGUGCUACACAAAGCCUGGAAACCAGUGUCCCGAGAACAACGAGAUUCUAAGGAUUGAGAUUUCACACGACCUGGAGAACCUGGUGCACUACAUCCGAAAAAUUCUGGAUUACCAUCGGUUCAGGAGGCUCAGGAUAUAUGUGAAGUACAGUGAAUUCUUGAAGCUUCACAAGGAAAUGGAAAAAAUCCAUAACGACAUGUUUACCUGUAACUAUAGCUUCAAGUUUAGUUUUAUUCCAAACAACUAUAGGGAUGACGAAUACGUACUCCUCUACGAAAUAGAGGGAAUAAAACGAGGAGAGCAUUACGGAUAG